AGUAAGAAACCGAGCACUCGAGUAGGCAGACAACAGGGCCAAGUACAGCAUGGUUCUGGAAGGAAGAUGGGUUCUACUCGAGUGACUGCGAAGGAACUGUGUGAAAAUGAUGACCUGGCGACUACUUUAGUGCUUGACUCCUACCUCGGAUUUAAGACCCAUAAGAUGAACGUGAGUCCCCUGCCAGCCAUCAGAAGAAAGCACCAUUUGCGGGAGGCAGUGGAAGCCUUCCGGAAGCGCAGAGACCUAGAAGCGGCUUACCAGGCUUUGAUGCAGGGAGGAUGGGCCUGCCAGUACUUUCAGAACCGGAGCCGUCAGCAGGAGGCUGCCUUCAAGACUCAUAUAUUUCGCUACCUUCGCAUUUUCCUACCUGAGAGUGGUUUUGCUAUCAGGCCCUGUAGUCGCUAUUCCCUGGAAGUAAAUGGGGCCCGGGUUGUCGCUACGAAGUCAUGGAAGAAGAAUGACAAGCUGGAGCUUUUGGAGGGCUACAUUGCAGAAUUGACGGAACCAGAUGAGAGCCUUCUGCGUACAGGGGAAAAUGACUUCAGCAUCAUGUACUCCACGCGGAAACAAUGUGCCCAGCUCUGGCUGGGACCGGCUGCCUUCAUUAAUCAUGACUGCAGGCCGAAUUGUAAGUUUGUCCCAAUGGAUGGGAAUACGGCGUGCGUCAAGGUGCUGCGGGACAUUGAGCCAGAAGAUGAGAUCACAUGCUUCUAUGGCGACGGCUUCUUUGGGGAGGACAAUGAGCUGUGCGAGUGCUGCACUUGUGAAAGGAAGGGGGAAGGAGCUUUCCGAUUCCUGAAUCGGACACCUUCGCAAUCUACCUCAGUCCAUGACAAAUAUCUUUUGAGAGAGACAGAUGGCCGUCUGCAGCGGUGGAAAGGCCAGAUGUGCAAGCUGGCUCAGCGCAGCGUAAAAACAAGGCGCAAGUCCCGGCGCAGGAGGGCCCGAUCACGGGGUGCCCUGCGCAAAUCCACCCUACACUGGAGAUUCAGACUCCUCAAGCCUCUGUACAUCCCAUUGCACGAUUGCCUGGCUUGCGGGGCACGUAGGUGCAAGAUCCGUAAGGAGCUACUGGUGUACCUGCCUCCUUGUCCUCCUUCCAUGUUACCUGCCUUGCACCGCUGGCGUUCUUUGCAUAACAAUAGAAGCCGUUUGAUGGCCCUAAGAGACUGUUCUUUCACAGGAACGCACAACAGGCCUGUGAUCUCAGGCUGGGCAGAACGGCGCAGCUUGUUUGUGGAUCUUGGCAAGAGAGUGACCAUGGACUUGGCAGUGUUUGAGAGAGAAGUAGAAUGUGGGACGGGGAAGACAGAGCCACAUAACAGCAAUAGGGAGCUUGGGCAGGGGUCUGAGGAGCAUGGCACAGGAAAUGUGGAUAGGCAUUAUGAGGCUGGGCCAUGUAGUUUAGGCUCUGAGGUGCUAGGCUCAGGGGAUCAAGAGCCCCUUGGCUCCUCGGUCUCUUCUUCCUCCAGCCAACUGCUAUACAGGACAAGGAGCAUGACCCGGCAUCAGGCCCAGGGUUUGCACAAAGUCCCGCUGUCCUCACCAGCAGUAGACCCCAAGCUUUCCCAGUAUGCUCAUGUUCAUCUUGGAGGCGGGCAGCGCUGGCAGCAGCCCCCUCCUAACAGGAUGGAUAAGGACCAGGUAGAGGAACAGCACCCCCCUAAACAAAUGCCUUCUUUCCCCCCUUUCAUGCCACCCAAGCGGCUCCGACUGGUGGUGAGCCACGGUUCCAUUGAUCUUGAGGUGGCUUCCAGCUCUUGUGAAGAGCUGUCCUGAUUGGGCUGAUCUCCAGGUAAAGAAGAGACCCUGCUUUUUUCUGAACUUUGGUUGUUGAGAAGUCAGGACAAAAGCCACAUACCAGAAUUGGCCUGAAAGCAUCUCUUGACACUCCA